AUGUCUGAAAGCAUAGAGCAUUGUUCUUCUUCUGUCACUACUGAAGAUAACAAUGUAAGAAUUUUUAAAACAGGCACUCAGCCUUUGCUUCCUAAAAUAUAUUAUAAUUUUGGAGGUGAUAAAGAGUAUAUGCCAUGUUGUUCUUCUGAAAACAAACUUUUUGUUGGAAUGAUAUUUGAUACCCUUCAAGAUGGUAUUGCCUUUUAUUACAAAUAUGCUAAUCAGUGUGGGUUUAAAGUCCGUUAUAGUACUACUAAAUCACAAAAGAAUAAGAAUGAUCCUACUAGUAAAGGAGUUACUAUAAUCAAAUAUUUAUUAUAUAGCAAAGAAGGGUAUGUGAAAAAUAACAAGAAAUCUUGUAAACAAGUUAAAGGUGCUUGUUUAAAGAGAAAGACUGUGAAGAGAGUUGGUUGUCCUGCUAAGAUAAAAUUUAGGUUUUGUACUGGUGGGAAGUGUAUGGUGUAUUGUUUUUAUGAAUCUCAUUCUCACCCUAUUUCUACAAUUACUAGGCAGGCUGAUGCUAUUGCUAGAAGAGAUUAUCAAUUAUCUGGGGACUCUUUAUAUUUUGAUUCUACCUAUGAUACAAAUAAAUAUUCAUUGGUUUCUUGUCCUUUUACUGGUGUUGAUAAUUAUAAAAGACGUGUUACAUUUUGUGCUGCUCUAUUAUCUAAAGAAGACAUAAAUUCUUUUGUGUGGAUAUUUCAAACUUUUUUGAAGUGUAUGGGAAGAGAACCCUCUUGUAUUAUCACUGAUCAAGAUCCUACAAUGGGUAUUGCCAUAGAAAAGGUUUUUUCCAAGACUAAACAUAGGCUAUGUAUGUGGCACAUAAUUAGGAAGGUACCUGAAAAGGUUGGAACUGCUUUUUGUAAUGAAACUGAUUUCCUGAAAAAGUUAAGUGCAGUAGUUUGGGAUAGAGAUAUUGAUCCUCAUGUAUUUGUUGAUGGCUGGAAUAGUGUUAUGGAGGAGUUUAACCUUGUUGAUCAUGAGUGGUCUGAAGGUGAAAACAGUUUCUUUUGUAAUUUUACAAACCCUCAUGUGACCUUUGUUGAAUUCUUUGUCCGUUAUGAAACUGCUCUUGAUGCUCAAAGGCAUGUACAAGAUGAGUUGUAUAGGCUUAAUAAAUUGAGCCUCAACUGUUCUCUUUAUGGAGAUGGUGUGGAGUUUUCUGUUAUUGUUGAUCAUGAGAAAAGGAAAAUUUUUGACUUGGCAACAUAUGAGUCAAGUUGUACUUGUAGAAUGUUUGAGAGUCAAGGUGUUUUAUGUAGACACAUUUUGUUUGUUAUGAAAGGCAAGUGUAUACGUGAAAUUCCUGAUGCUUAUAUCUUGAAUCGUUGGAGAAAAGAUGUUCUGAAGAAAGCUUCUGUCAUAGAUGUUGCUCCUGAUGAUGCUUCUAAGUAUGAUAAGAAGAAGCAAUUGGUCAGUGAUGUAUGGUCCAAGAUUUUCAGUUGUCUGAGUUUAACUUACCAAUCUGAGGAUGAUUUAUCUGAGCUUAUUAGGACAUUAUCUUCAUUUGAGGAGCAGAUGAUAUAA